GAGGAUGAAGCUUCCCUUGCUGCUGAAGAACGGGACAGGAUGCACCAAGCAAAUAAACUGAAACAAGGAGCUGAAAGGCGCACUAAACGACUUGAUCAUGAAGGUGUUAUUGCUUUACUUCAUGAUGAUGAGGAAUGGGAUGAGAAAGCGGCAAAGAAAGCAAGGCAUAAAGUCACUGCGACUGAUCUCAUACAAGCUCUUCGAACAAAGUAAGGAUUAGGGAGGUGGUUUUUGCUGGAGGGAUGGUUUGGGGACUACCCACACCUCUUUAGGUCUUCUCUUUUUUUUUGCAAAAAAAUUAAACGUUAUCUCCUUUCCGAGCGAUACUUGUCAAAACCAAACAUAAUUCUCCUAGUUCUGCCUAAACUCAAUUCUUGUCUGUACUAGUUUUUUUGUAUAUUUUGCUGUAAUUGUAAUUAACUUGUUCUUUUCUGUUCUAUUAUUUAUUUAUUUAUUUAUUUUUGUUCUGACAAAGAGACAGACAGACAGACAGACAAACAGGUUGAUUGAUAGAUUCACUUUUAUUUGAAUACGGCAAUUUCACAAUUAUUUACAAAACUUCUUUACACUGUGCAUGAAAACCAAGAUUGAAACAGAAGUAAAUACUGUAGAGAAUACUCUAAAAAUAUGUACAGAUGAUAAAGUCCAGUCAACAGUUUGCUUACCUACUGAACAAUUUUCUUGCUGUAGAUUCAGAUGCCUUUAUUUCAGUUGGUAAUGAAUUCCACAGCAUUCCUCCUACUGUACAUUAUGAGAAAGACCCUUUACAAUAUUCUGUUUUUGGAAUGUGAUCCAGUGCAGCAUUGUAUUCUGUGUUUCUUAGCUUAGACUUACAAGUAUAAGGGUUUUUCUCACAUGCCUUUGCCGUAGACAGACUGCAGGUAGACAGACAGAUAGACAGACCAGCGGACAGAAAGACAGACAGACAGACAAACAGUCAGAUAGACAGAUAGGCAGACAGACAGAGACAUGCAGACUUAUGGAUAAACAGGCAGGUAGACAGACAGUCAGACAGACUGAUAGACAGACUUGACAGACAAACAAAAAGUUUUGGUUUUAUCAGCUGAGUUAAUAAAGUCAAUUUACCGCAUUUAAGAGGUGGAAAGGCUGGCAUUUCUAAUACUAGCCCUUCUUCAGAACAAAUUGUUUUACUAUGACAACGGGAUAGCGCAUGAACAAAAUACCAGCUUUGAAUCUGCUUUUGAUUCUGUUUAAAGCACAUUCUAUCAUUUAAAAAAAUAUGUCCAAAGCUUUUUUUCAGUAACGGAAUUCAUGACCUUCAAGUAAAUGUAGUCAUAUUCGUAACUGAGCAUCUUCACUGCAGAUACGAGAUCCUUCGAGAUAAACUUAUGCUGGAGAUGCUUAAACAUCACAUUGGAGAAGGGAUGUGGACCGUACUCUCUGAAGGCGAACAACAUGAACGCUUUAUCCAGCUUAAGAUGCGUGUUCAACGCUUACGUAAGGAUGAUAAGCUUGAUGGUGCUGAUGGUCUUCCAGGGGCUGGUGCUCUGUACUCAGCAACUCUGCUUGCACUGAUGGGACUCAGCAGAAUUGGAGAAGAAAAUCAGCGGCUUGAAGAGGCAGAGAAAAUUAAACAGAUGGAAAAAGAAGGUCAGUUUUAUCAGCUUGUUGUCCGUUACUUUACUUUAUUCGAGGCUGAUUUCAUUUCCAGUCUCAUGUUAGUUUAUUUUUCGUUUUACAGUGGAACCUGGAUAUAACGAACGGCCAAUUUGUUCACUAUAACAAGGUUUCGUUACGUCAAAGUUCUUUUCCAUAUAUUUUUCUAUUAUUGGGGUAAAGAAAAUUGUUUGUUAUACCGAGCACUUCUUCGUUGUAUAGAGGUUCGUUAUAUCGAGGUUCCACUGUAUUUCCAUGCCAUAGCUCAAAAGAACAAAAGAACAGCUAUCAUAUAACCUAUUUAAGUCCAUAAAGAGCACUUAGAGCUUGAUAAAAAUACAAACAAUGCCCACACUUGUUAUAAAUAAUAUAUAGAUUUAACCAGGGCUAAAAGAGAAGCUCUCGAUAGUAUUAAUAGUUUGAUCAUACAAAGUAUAAAAUCGUGUAAUGUUAGACCUAAGCGGCGAAGGCAACGAGAACCGUGAAUAAAACAACAAUAGGUCUAAUUAGCAAAAAAGCAUCUUUGCACGUGCAGCACACUUUUUUGUACAGUUCUUUGCCGUUCUUUUGCCCGACUACGAGGUGAAACUUCCAGAAACACCUCAGUUACACGGUUACACGUUUUAUGGUGGAAAUGUCGUACUUGGUCUUGUUCCUUUUUUCACUGCCGCUCAUCUUCACCUCGGUGACCGAUAGCAUUUCUCAUUUUCUCACCCCCGCUACAAAAUUUUCAUGUUGUUCUUCCAACAAAAAAUUUCUCCUUUUUUUAUCUCUCGCUGUAGCUCUCUGACAUUCUUUUUAAUCGUGGAGUUAACUAUCUUAUUUUGAUGGAAAUAUCGUGGAACUUACUUGUACCGUUUGCAAUUUACACAGGAAAGUCAAACAAGGAGAUAGAGGAAGAAUUAUUGCAAGCGCGUGAACGAGCAGCCCAAGGGCAAUCAAAGAGCGAAAAAAUUCUGAUGGACCUGGAAAGACGCUAUCAACAGGACAAAGAAAAAGUUAUUGCUCGGCUGAAGGGUGCCGAUACGAAGACAAUGACCACAGAGGAAAAGCUAACAGAGUAUGGGCUCAUCAUACGCGAGCAGUUACGUGCAUUGGAAGAAGCAAAAUUUGAGAGUGCGGCAUUGUCUGUUGGAAUCGCAGAAAGGCUAAAAACGCAUCUGCAGAGGUAUUCAGAUAAGACGAAAAUCUAGACUGAUUACUUUUGGUGUUCUUAGAUAGGCUGUGUUGUAAGAAAGGGAAAGAUGAAACGUUCUAGAGUCACUUUAACUCGUUUUCUAAAAAGAAUGACGAUGAUGAUGAUUGAAACUCAUGAAAGGCGUUUAUGUGUAAUUCCGAGAUUGAGAACACUUUUUUGACCGAUUUUCUCUUGUGCUGCCCUAUUUCUCGAAAUGUCUGUGUUUGAAUUGUUCAGGUUAACAAAUAUUUCUUUCUAAAAAUAAGUUGAAUUACAAGUUUCUAAUUUCGAUAAUUUGUUGUGUUUAGGUCUCUACAGGAGCGUAAUUGGCUCCUGGUCUCUGCGAAUCAAUUUUACUUCAAUCAAUAAAAUACCUCACUAAAAUCUCAUAUUUGGAAAGGUUUAGGUACCGUUUGUCCGGUAGCCAGUUAGCCACCACUUGCUAUCUGCUAGGCAGUAGAAGACUUGGUAGGGGAAAAGAGGGCGAAUACGGAUGACGAUGGGGUAAACGAUAACAGAGGCAUAUCCUCGUAUUGCUUUUGAGAAUGUCAGACUAACCGCGAAUGUCUGCUAUCAUUCUAGACCAAAAGAUGAUCGUCAACGUCAAGAACAUUUAGGCAGAGAACGUUUGCUUCACAGAAAAGGAAGAAAACUGCCACGAGACUGGAAAGGACAAGAUCUGAAGUUCAGUACUAUAAAAGAGGCUGGCUUGGUCGAUGCAUUGGAGGACACUGUACGUGCACUUGAGAGAAAACAAGCCAUGGAGCGAGAGAUGCUUAUCUACCUUCUACAGGGAAGAGAGAGUGUGCAGUCGCGCAGUGCCGCCAAGAAACUUAAUGCAGGUUCAGUAUGUUUUGGGCUCGUAAUAAAUCCUUGUUUUGGCCAAGCUUGUUAAAGACUGUUCACAGUCCUCAUUUUUCCCGAAGAGGUCGACUUGUAGCAAGUCUACGUUACAGGAGGCCAUAUGGUUUCAAAUGUACCGAGUCUACUCCCUUGAGGAUGAGUAUCAUCCUCAAGGUACAUGUACCAAUGGUUGCGCAGUGGUGAGAGUACUCGCCUCCCACCAAUGUGGCCCUGGUUCAAAUCCCGGCGUCAACGCCAUACGUAUGUAGGUUGAGCUUGUUUGUUGUUAGUUCUCUCCUUUGCUCCGAGAGGUUUUUCUCUGCGUACUCCAGUUUUCCCCUCUCCUCAAAAUCCAACACUUCCAAAUUCUGAUUCGAUCUGGAACGCACGGACACGUUUAAACGAGUUCUCAAGAACUCUGAAGUACUUCUUUGCUAAACGAAUGACAAUUACGCUUUUUUUCAAAACUACUUGGCGGUGCGGGGGGAUGGUUUGGCUCGCCUUCCUCCCUCAACCGCUAUAAACCCCAGGGCCCACCCCUCGGUACUUUUAAUACAAAGAUGGCCACCCCUAACGGAAAGACUGUGAACAGUCUAAGCUUGUUAAGUUAAUAGCCGGUCGAUUCGUUCAAUGUUUAGAUAAUGUUAGGUGAAUGGCAAUCAUUGAAAACUGCAUCUACCCCCAAAAUACCCCACCUGUGUAGUCGAAAAAGUACUCACACCCACCGUCCACCCACCCGCCGAUUUUAGCGCCCGUGAAUACUUAGGUGUGAUGUAUCAAAAGUUUGCCAUUGUUGAUUCUUUGACAAAUUGCAGAUGAACGCUCCAACCAGUUGUUGGUGCUUCAAACUCAGCAGCAGGCGUGGAGAGAACAGAGCUCCUCUGAACGGUUGGUAAGCAGGGGGCGGCAUGCCGCAAUUCUUCAGGAAGCCGCUGGACUUGUUUUCGAGGACAGACGGGCUGACUUGAGAGUGUCUAGAGGCACUUCCCCUGAUGAUGUACAAGUAGCUGCUGAUAUUUUGGCUGACUUGCAGCACACACAUGAAAUAGAAAGUCAAAUGCUGCUUUCCUUACACAGCAAGGUAUAUGAAUUGAAGACGUGUUUAUAAACAACUAGGAGAUGAUUUGAAAGUUUCUAGGAGUUCGGACACUACCAGAAUCGCGCAACCCUCAUUGAAAAUCUUGUAGCGGGAGACGAGAAUCACGUAGCAAGAUAUGAGACUCGCGUAAUGUGUGACGAGAAUCACGUAGCGAAAGACUAGCAUCGCGUAACGCGUUGCCUGUAGUGCAAACGUUUUCUAGGGAAUACGGUCGUUAAAUGUUUCUUUGUUUAAGUGGUGCACCUGUUCAUUCUUUAGAAAGUUGUGGGGAGAAGGGUUCCUCCUUUCACUGCUUCGUCCUUCCUAGAAAGGCUACGUUAAGUUCUGGAAGAAUCGCGUAACGAUUUCACGAAGAUCCCGGGAAUUGGUAGACUGAAGUAAAAGAUUAUUAAACUGUUUUGCAGAAUUAUUCUUAAUGUUCCCUUUCUUUUUUCCAGGACGUCCAAGAGUUAUUCCGUCUUCUACAGCAAGAGCAUACAUCGUGGCAGGAAGAGUUACUAGACGGAAUAGCUGCAGUUCUUCUUGGAACCGAAGAUAAUGUCGCGCAGGAAGAUGAACUUCUGAAAGCUUUGGAAGAAAAGUACGACGCAUUGCGUGACAAGCUGCUUCUAGAAGCGUUAGAAAAGCAGAUGGGGGCCGCAGAAUGGGCGCGACUUUCUGAACAGGAGAGACAAGCUCGCUUGGCUAAGAUGAAACUCCAGGAGCGACGGCUUAGACAACAGGGAAGGUUUGAUGACGCUGCUGCUCUUUUAGGAGAGGGGCUAAAAAAUGCCGAAGCAUUACAGGUACUGUUCAACUUUUAUAUUCCCUUAACUUUGGUUUAGCAAGCUUAAGGAAGAGACUAUUGCGAGGUUGUAACUUUCGCCUUAUAAAACGCGCUAGCCUGCAAAUACCUCCGUCUCCCGCUUCUCGCCGCUGGGAACGUCUCGCAGGAGAGGACAGACGGCUGUAUUCGAAGGCUAUAAAAACGCUGGAUGAUUCUUUUUUCUGCUACAAAGACGAGGAUAAAAUUUAAUUAUAUAAGAUAUUAAAGAACAGAAUCUGGGCUAUAAAAUCGAGGGUAAAAUUGAAAUAUUUAAGUAAUGUUUGGAAAACGAGGAGGAAUGUAUUAUCAGGUUUUAAAAACUGGAGGUGAUGCCGAGGGUUUUUACAUCUGAUAAUACAAGACUGCGAGUCUUUUGAACGGCUUCAAAAUCUCUGAUAUGGAUCAACUCAUUCUUGCACUAAUAUUUACAGUAGGGCGUUAUUUUGUUUUAAAAAAUCGGACGUAAAAUUUAGCCAUGUCCUAACCAGAUGUAAAGACACUCAUUAAACAUUAGUUUCUUUUGUCUUUUCUUUAUGAAGUAUUAAUAAGUUUUCGAAGAACAGAGUUAGGGCUGCAAAGUUGAGGAUAAAUUAUUUUAUAACUGAAUUAGGGCACGAGUAAGAACAAGGAGAUUAUAGAUGGACAAACCGGUUAAAGUGAAUUGAUACUCACAAUUGAAGUGUAGGAAGCAUAAAUUCUUUUCGUCCAACGUGGACAAUUUAGGAUUCUUCUGGCACAGUGAGGAUAAGCCGGUUUUAAAAAUCCUGGAGACGUGUUCUGUCUUCAUCUUCUUUAUUUUACAAAGGCCCUAUUGGGAGAAAACCGCCAGCGUUAUCUAGAACGACUAAAGGAACGCUUGGAGCGUCGCCAGAAGCGAAUCGAAGAAGGGUUAGAUCCAGACGAAGAGGACGAAGAAACGAUGCGUCUCUUGGAAGAAGAGCAAGCUGCCAGCACUGGUAAUAUUUUACAAGAUCUGCAAAACAGAUUUGAUGAGGAGAAAGACGCCUUGCUACGGAGGCUUCAGGUAGAGUUUGGUCUUUUUGUUUUAGGUAUUAACCCUUUAAGCCCAAAUAUCCACAUACAAAUUCUCCACACUGAUAUUCAUACAUUUUUUAGAGAUUCUGUAAUCUUUUGAUUCAUUCCCAUAACCAUUUCUCUUAGUAACGUAUGGAUAUUGUUAGGAGAAAACUGAUGUUGGUCACUAUUGGGACUUAAAGGGUUAAGUGCGCAGUUAUUCUUUACCUCUGGUACCAGAGACUUUUCAAGCGCGGUUUCCGGCAUCUUUGGUCGUAUGCCGAAGAUCUGUCGACCUGUGGCCGACACCGAAGUAUCAUGCCGCACGCGAGAAGAAAACCGUGGUACCCAGGGUAGUGUACGUAAACGUAUUCAGGAUACUUGUCACAUGAUCAUGUUCAUUUAUGGCAAACUGGAAUCCUCCAUUUGCACCAUAUGACCAAAAUUUCCUUGUACUUGUCUUCUAACGUUUAUUAUAUCCAUACGAACAUAAGUACUUUCAUACUAGGUUUGUUUAUUGUUUGGCACCGUUUUCGUCUGCUCAUUUCCUGGCCUGUUCAAAGGGUGCUCAUUUCCUAAUUCAUGAAAUUGUAAACUUUUAUCUGACGUUUCGCGUUUGUCGUAAACGUGAAUCUAAAUCAAGUUAAGGGUAUUCUUUUUUCUUGCAACGGUGUAGGCUCAAGUUUUUGAUGGAUAUUUUUUUCGUUUCAGCUGCUUUAUGUAUUUAUUUAUUCUCAAUUUACAGGAGGAACAAGAUCGUCAAGCAGCAGAGAGGCGUCGGCAGGCUGAACUGGCCCGUCUCAGACGUGAGAAGAGGCAAGCUGAACGAGAGUCUAAAUUUGAUGAGGCUGCGUUGGUGCUGGGACUUGCAGAGAGAAAUCGGCAGAAUCUUGAAGAAAGGUGAGAUACCCAUUACACAAAGAAAAGUGAACCAGAAAUUAAGCCAAAUGUUUCUUCACUCAAAACAGUUUCUUUAUAGUACUGACGAUUUCCGUCAAUUGCGAGGCAAUAUAAUUUUUUGUUGUUGUUGCUGCUGUUGUCCUUCGAAAACCUGCUCGAGUCGAUUGAUCAACAUAACCUGUGAUGUUUAUUUGUUAGGUUACGCCGUGAUCGUGAACGCCAAGAACAGUUGGCGCGUGAACGAUUAGCAAGGAGAAAAAGACGAGGAACAGCUGAAGACGAAGAGGAGGAGGAUGAACUAGAACCAGAGAAAGGUUUAUUAAUUAUUAAAUCUUUUAAUGAGCGGAAAGCCACAAAUUUAACCUAUGCGCUCAAAAUCCUGAUGCUUCUUUCGCGUCUUCAGAAACAUAAUCACUAUUAAAUGUUACUCAUUUUUCACCUAGAAGAUCAUCAUUGUGACCAAGAUUUCUUGCUAAGACUCUAAAACUAAAAUUGCCAGCACAAUAAACAGCAUCAGUGGAAAAUAAUACUUUAUUACAGUGAAUUUUCGCGACACUUAAAUUUCGGGUUUUUUUAAUUAUUACACUUAAAGAUUUCAUCCACUGACUCAGCUAGAACCGCCUUGCUCAGUAUGAUAAACAGUACCACAGGAACAUACCACUCAGUAGUUUUCGUGUGAUGUUUCCAUGUAUAAACACGUUUAUUCAAGUCAGUACGGUGACCUUCUUUUAGGAUUCAAUCCGCAAAUUUAAAACUAAGGACAAUGAGUUGUUCUGAGUUAUGACCAUACCCAUGCAUUUGCAAGUUAGAAACAGUAGUUUUGAAAGCUUCUCUCACUCAUCUUUGUGCAUUCACAGACGAUAUACAAGGAUGGCAAGAUGCAGUUUUGAAGUCGCUAGAGAGGAAACAUCGCGCGGAGCAAGAGUUCUUGAUGAGCUUACUCCAAGAUGAGAGCAGCAAAGACAUGAGAGAAGAGGCAAGAGCAGUAAGCGAGGAUGACAGACUGAAACGACUAAAUGAACUUAAGGCGAAGAGAGAGGAGCUUGACUUUGGUGUCAAGGGUAAGUUUAAAUUAACUUUCUGAGAGCAAAUCCCUAAGAGGAUGCUCCUUUGGAUCAUGACUGUCGCAACAGCGCUUUUGCAGACAAGAUUAUUUUAUCAGCGAACUACUCUUUGCUGCCGGUUACUUUAAGUACGUUGAAUCUGUUUUGAAUUAUAAGAGGACAGGAGUCUAUCACACAGACUGAGCUACCGUCAUUUCUCGUUUCUCUGACGUUUUCACAAGAGGUUAUACUUGAAAGUCAACUGCGCACAAUUUUUAAGAGGACCUUAUUAUAGUGCAAUAACACAGGAAGGCAAAACCUAGUCCUAAUCCAGAAUUGACUUUUGUAAUACAGUGUACCUUCUUAUUUAUGACUUUCAACCGUUUUUAUUGUAUCCGUAGCUGAUCAAGGACAUCACGUCGACGUCUUAGACAUGGCUUGUGCUUAUAAAUUUGAAGUGCGACGUUUCAGACUGACCAGCGAAAAAGGAAGCGAAGUGGAUGAUGAACAGAUUACGGUAUCUAUCAUGGCGGACUUACAAGAACAACAAGAUAAGGAGAGUGAAGGGAUCAUGAGUCAGCUUCAGGAUAAGGUAAGUGAAAAAAGAGAACGAAAGAUGGGCAUUUACUUCGCGUACCAGUCACAGAUAAUGUAAAACAGAAAAACAAAAACCAUGAAACAGUCACAAGCAGAUUUUUCCCUCAACAGAAAACAAAGAAGUAUUUUGUUUUGCGUCAUCUGUAUCCCGUACACAAAAUAAACGCGGAAAGAUAUGAUUUUCACUUGUCAGUACUCUUGUAGUACCUCGAAAAUAUGUGAAUAAAGAAUUUGAUAGACCUCUUUAGCUUGUAUGUCAGUUGUUUUCGCAAAAUAGGUCAUGUGAUAAUACUCUGGAGCUUAAUUCAAAUUUCGUCAUGUUCCCGUGCAUGUCUACGCAUCGUUUAUGAAAAGAUAUAGGGACAAUUUGAAAACUGAAACCAUCACUGGGAAAACAAAACGCACAAGCUAAAGAGGUCUAUUCAGUCGAUCUGACAGGGACUGUUUGUCGCUCAGAUUAAUUGCAUUGCUGAUGGAUUCAUUCUGAGCUAUUGUAGAUUGUUUUGACGCCUUGCUACGCGAAUUAUUAUAGAACGUCUGAAGUUCGUCUUCGGGAAAAAAUUCGAUCUUCACAUGCGACGAACUAAACUAAUUGAUUAAAAAAUUAUACGAAAAUGUACAUUUAGCCCUGUUCAGGAAAAAAUGUUUUUGUCUGAUUCAGUUGAUUGGUUCGACGUGUCCUAAGUUCGCAUCUGACCUAAACAGACGAUCUUAACUUAAUUUAGGUCGACCAAAAUUAGAGUUAAGUUCGUCCCAUGAAAAGUUCGACGUUUGGCCAAGGUAUAAGAAAGUAGAACUGUAGAUAAAUUAGAUUGCGUUCGUGCAUACUUGAUUAUUAUUCAGAUGUCCUAAUACAAAAGCUUCGCGGGAAUCGAAUCUCAAUUUAUUCUUGCACUUUUUGGUUGUGUUUUUGUGUUUAUCCAAUGCAGAGUCAAGUAGAGCUGGCAGCUCUAAAACACAAACAGGAACAAGAGCGUAAAGAUGGCGUGGUGGAGAACGUAGCGACUGUUUUGUUAGAUUAUGAUGGCACAGGAACUGAUCAAGACUUGAUCAAGGCUUUGGAUCAGAAAUAUGACGCUCUUAAGGACAAGCUUUUACUUGAAGCGCUCAAAAAACAACUGGGUAAGUUGUUCAGACUAUGCAUCAGUGGCGUGCAUUUGUUUUGGCCCUUCAGUUAGAGUAGCAAUGCAAACCCACAGCUCCUUCAAAACCUUUAAGUACACUACAGUCGACUAACGAUAACUCGAACCUUCUAGGGAAAUCGAAAAAAGUUCAAGUUAUCGGGAGUUCGAGUUAUCGGGAGCUCGAAGAAAAUAGCCGAGAGUAAGGUAAAAAACAGUUUUUACUGCACAGUGAACAUUUUAAUCACAUUUAAUGGUAGAAAUGUCCUCAAAUGUCAAGUUUAAAUUAAAAGAUACUUCUAGAUUAUAAAUCAGAACGUAACGAAACAAAACAUAGCCUAAAUAGAUCAUGCGUUUUACUGUUUUGAGAAGUAAAGCUGCUUCACGUUAGCCUAUGACAAUCAUCAGCCUCCAUUAGUGAACUAUACUCCUACAACACGAAAUCCAAAAUUCAAUUUUUCGGACGCCAGUAGACGGCUUUUUUCCCUACUUUUUAAGGGCUCAAAACAUGGUUCGAGUUAUCGAGGGUAAAAUUAUAUAGAAAAUGACCUAAGGGGAAACAAAAAUUGGUUCGAGUUAGCGGGAGUUCGAGUUAUCGGGGGUUCGAGUUACCCAGGGUAAAAUUACAGUAAAUGUAUGACGGAAAUCCAGGGGAAAUCGAUUUUGGUUCGAGUUAGCGCGAGGUUCGAGUUAGCGAGGGUUCGAGUAAUCGAGAGUCGCCUGUAUAUACAAUCACUAGUCUUUCAGGAAUUGAAAUGUAUAACAUGAGUCUUAUUUUGUACUGUGCAUAAAGAUCUGGUCAGGAAUCCCCAAAUUUUGUUCAGGUUCUUUUUAACUAGGUUGUUCAUUUUUACUGCAAAUAUCAUGCUCGCUCCCGCACUUGUCUUUGAUACCGUAAAACGAAAGGAUUCAAAGAAAAGUUCUCCACCUCUGUUUUCCAAGACGUACUCCUUGUUACCUCUCGUCCACCCUUGUUCCCCUUGUUCCCCUAGUUCCCCAUUGUUACCCCUUGUUCCCCUUUAAUCCCCUUGUUACCCCUUCUUAUCCCGUGUUACCCUUCUUACCGUUGUUACCCCUUGUUACCCUUGUUACCCUUGUUACCCCAUGUUACCCCUUGUUACCCUUGUUACCCCUUGUUACCCUUGUUACCCCUUGUUACCCUUGUUACCCCGUGUUACCCUUGUUACCCUUGUUACCCUUGUUACCCCUUGUUACCCUCGUUACCCCAUGUUACCCCUUGUUACCCUUGUUACCCUUGUUACCCCAUGUUACCCCUUGUUACCCUUGUUACCCUAUGUUACCCCUUGUUACCCUUGUUACCCUUGUUACCCUUGUUACCCCUUGUUACCCUUGUUACCCUGUUACCCCUUGUUACCCCUUGUUACCCUUGUUACCCUUGUUACCCCUUGUUACCCUCGUUACCCCUUGUUACCCCUUGUUACCCUUGUUACCCUUGUUACCCCUUGUUACCCUUGUUACCCCUUGUUACUCUUGUUACCCCCUGUUACCCCUUGUUACCCUUGUUACCCUUGUUACCCUUGUUACCCUUUGUUACCCUUUUGUUACCCUUUGUUACCCCUUUGUUACCCUUGUUACCCUUUGUUACCCCUUGUUACCCUUGUUACCCCUUGUUACCCUUUGUUACCCCUUGUUACCCUUGUUACCCUUGUUACCCCUUGUUACCCCUUGUUACCCUUUGUUACCCCUUGUUACCCUUGUUACCCCUUGUUACCCCUUGUUACCCCUUGUUACCCUUGUUACCCUUUGUUACCCCUUGUUACCCUUUGUUACCCCUUGUUACCCUUGUUACCCUUGUUACCCCUUGUUACCCUUGUUACCCUUUGUUACCCUUGUUACCCUUGUUACCCCUUGUUACCCUUGUUACCCUUGUUACCCUUGUUACCCCUUGUUACCCUUUGUUACCCCUUGUUACCCCUUGUUACCCUUGUUACCCCUUGUUACCCUUGUUACCCCUUGUUACCCCUUGUUACCCUUGUUACCCUUGUUACCCUUUGUUACCCCUUGUUACCCUUGUUACCCCUUGUUACCCUUGUUACCCUUUGUUACCCUUGUUACCCUUGUUACCCCUUGUUACCCUUGUUACCCUUUGUUACCCUUGUUACCCCUUGUUACCCCUUGUUACCCUUGUUACCCUUGUUACCCUUGUUACCCUUGUUACCCUUGUUACCCCUUGUUACCCUUGUUACCCCUUGUUACCCCUUGUUACCCUUGUUACCCCUUGUUACCCUUGUUACCCUUUUGUUACCCUUUGUUACCCUUGUUACCCCUUGUUACCCCUUGUUACCCCUUGUUACCCUUUGUUACCCCUUGUAACCCUUGUUACCCCUUCUUACCCUUGUUACCCCUUGUUACCCUUGUUACCCUUGUUACCCUUUUACCCCUUGUUACCCUUGUUACCCCUUGUUACCCCUUGUUACCCUUGUUACCCCUUGUUACCCUUGUUACCCUUGUUACCCUUGUUACCCCUUGUUACCCUUGUUACCCUUUGUUACCCUUUGUUACCCUUGUUACCCUUGUUACCCUUGUUACCCCUUGUUACCCUUGUUACCCCUUGUUACCCUUUGUUACCCCUUGUUACCCCAUGUUACCCUUUGUUACCCCUUGUUACCCUUGUUACCCCUUUGUUACCCUUGUUACCCCUUGUUACCCUUGUUACCCCUUGUUACCCCUUGUUACCCUUUGUUACCCUUUGUUACCCCUUGUUACCCCUUGUUACCCCUUGUUACCCCUUGUUACCCUUGUUACCCUUGUUACCCCUUGUUACCCUUUGUUACCCUUGUUACCCUUACCCUUUUACCCUUGUUACCCCUUGUUACCCCUUGUUACCCUUGUUACCCUUUUUUACCCUUGUUUCCCCUUGUUACCCCUUGUUACCCCUUGUUACCCUUGUUACCCUUGUUACCCUUUGUUACCCUUGUUACCCUUUGUUACCCUUUGUUACCCCUUGUUACCCCUUGUUACCCUUUGUUACCCUUGUUACCCUUGUUACCCUUUGUUACCCCUUGUUACCCUUGUUACCCUUGUUACCCCUUGUUACCCCUUGUUACCCCUUGUUACCCUUGGUACCCUUGUUACCCCUUGUUACCCUUUGUUACCCUUGUUACCCUUGUUACCCCUUGUUACCCCUUGUUACCCUUGUUACCCCUUGUUACCCUUGUUACCCCUUGUUACCCUUGUUACCCUUGUUUCCCCUUGUUACCCCUUGUUACCCCUUGUUACCCCUUGUUACCCUUUGUUACCCUUGUUACCCCUUGUUACCCCUUGUUACCCCUUGUUACCCCUUGUUACCCUUGUUACCCCUUGUUACCCUUGUUACCCUUUGUUACCCCUUGUUACCCCUUGUUACCCUUGUUACCCCUUGUUACCCUUGUUACCCUUGUUACCCCUUGUUACCCUUUUGUUACCCCUUGUUACCCCUUGUUACCCUUGUUACCCUUUGUUACCCCUUGUUACCCUUGUUGUACCCUUGUUACCCCUUGUUACCCCUUGUUACCCUUGUUACCCUUGUUACCCCUUGUUACCCCUUUUACCCUUGUUACCCCAUGUUACCCCUUGUUACCCCUUGUUACCCCUUGUUACCCUUUUUACCCCUUGUUACCCUUGUUACCCCUUUUUACCCUUUUUACCCUUUGUUACCCUUGUUACCCCUUGUUACCCCUUGUUACCCCUUGUUACCCUUGUUACCCUUGUUACCCUUUUGUUCCCCUUUUUACCCUUGUUACCCUUUGUUACCCUUGUUACCCUUGUUACCCUUGUUACCCUUGUUACCCUUGUUACCCUUGUUACCCUUGUUACCCUUGUUACCCUUUGUUACCCUUGUUACCCUUGUUACCCCUUGUUGUUACCCUUGUUACCCCUUGUUACCCCUUGUUACCCCUUGUUACCCUUUGUUACCCUUUUUACCCUUGUUACCCUUUGUUACCCUUGUUACCCUUUGUUACCCUUGUUACCCCUUGUUACCCUUGUUACCCUUUGUUACCCUUGUUACCCCUUGUUACCCUUGUUACCCUUGUUACCCCUUGUUACCCUUGUUACCCUUUGUUACCCCUUGUUACCCUUGUUACCCCUUGUUACCCCUUGUUACCCUUGUUACCCUUGUUACCCUUGUUACCCCUUGUUACCCUUGUUACCCUUGUUACCCCUUGUUACCCCUUGUUACCCUUGUUACCCCUUGUUACCCUUGUUACCCCUUGUUACCCUUGUUACCCCUUGUUACCCUUGUUACCCCAUGUUACCCCUUGUUACCCUUGUUACCCUUGUUACCCCUUGUUACCCUUGUUACCCCUUGUUACCCUUUGUUACCCUUGUUACCCCUUUUACCCUUGUUACCCCAUGUUACCCUUGUUACCCUUGUUACCCUUGUUACCCCUUGUUACCCUUUACCCUUGUUACCCUUGUUACCCCUUGUUACCCCUUGUUACCCCUUGUUACCCUUGUUACCCCUUGUUACCCCUUGUUACCCUUGUUACCCCUUGUUACCCCUUGUUACCCUUGUUACCCCUUGUUACCCCUUGUUACCCCUUGUUACCCUUUGUUACCCUUGUUACCCUUGUUACCCUUGUUACCCCAUGUUACCCUUUGUUACCCUUGUUACCCUUUUUACCCUUGUUACCCUUUGUUACCCUUGUUACCCCUUGUUACCCCUUGUUACCCUUGUUACCCUUUGUUACCCUUGUUACCCCUUGUUACCCUUGUUACCCUUGUUACCCCUUGUUACCCUUUGUUACCCUUGUUACCCUUGUUACCCUUUGUUACCCUUUUUACCCUUGUUACCCUUGUUACCCUUGUUACCCUUGUUACCCUUGUUACCCCUUGUUACCCUUUGUUACCCUUGUUACCCCUUGUUACCCUUGUUACCCUUGUUACCCUUUGUUACCCUUGUUACCCUUGUUACCCCUUGUUACCCUUGUUACCCUUGUUACCCUUUGUUACCCCUUGUUACCCUUGUUACCCUUGUUACCCUUGUUACCCUUGUUACCCUUGUUACCCUUGUUACCCUUGUUACCCCUUGUUACCCUUGUUACCCUUGUUACCCCUUGUUACCCCUUGUUACCCUUUGUUACCCUUGUUACCCCUUGUUACCCCAUGUUACCCUUGUUACCCUUGUUACCCCUUGUUUCCCCUUGUUACCCUUGUUACCCCUUGUUACCCCUUGUUACCCUUGUUACCCUUGUUACCCCUUGUUACCCUUGUUACCCCCUGUUACCCUUUUCUUGUUACCCUUGUUACCCCUUGUUACCCUUGUUACCCUUGUUACCCCUGUUACCCCUUGUUACCCUUGUUACCCCUUGUUGCCCUUGUUACCCUUGUUACCCUUGUUACCCUUCUUACCCUUGUUACCCUUGUUACCCCUUGUUACCCUUGUUACCCCUUGUUACCCUUGUUACCCCUUGUUACCCUUGUUACCCCUUGUUACCCUUGUUACCCUUUGUUACCCUUUUUACCCCUUGUUACCCUUGUUACCCCUUGUUACCCUUGUUACCCCUUGUUACCCUUGUUACCCUUGUUACCCUUGUUACCCUUGUUACCCCUUGUUACCCCUUGUUACCCUUGUUACCCCUUGUUACCCUUGUUACCCCUUGUUACCCUUGUUACCCUUGUUACCCCUUGUUACCCUUGUUUGUUACCCUUGUUGCCUUGUUACCCUGUUACCCUUGUUACCCUUGUUGCCCCAUGUUGCCCUUGUUACCCUUGUUACCCUUGUUACCCUUGUUACCCUUGUUACCCCUUGUUACCCCUUGUUACCCUUUGUUACCCUUGUUACCCUUGUUACCCCCUUGUUACCCUUUGUUGCCCUUGUUACCCCCCUGUUACCCCUUGUUACCCUUGUUACCCUUGUUACCCCUUGUUACCCUUGUUACCCUUGUUACCCUUGUUACCCUUAUUGCCCCUUGUUACCCUUAUUUACCCCGUGUUACCCCUUGUUACCCUUGUUACCCCAUGUUGCCCCAUAUUGUUGCCCUUGUUACCCUUUGUUACCCCUUUGUUACCCUUGUUACCCUUUUGUUACCCUCUUUUGUUACCCCCCUUGUUGCCCCUUGUUACCCUUGUUACCCUUGUUACCCCUUGUUACCCUUUACCUGCCUUUGUUACCCUUGUUACCCUUUGCUUUACCCUUGUUCCCCUUGUUACCCCUUGUUACCCUUGUUACCCUUGUUACCCUUUGUUACCCUUGUUGCCCCAUGUUACCCUUGUUACCCCUUGUUACCCUUGUUGCCUUUUGCCUUUGUUACCCUUGUUACCCCCUUGUUAUUGCCUUGUUGUUACCUUGUUACCCCUUGUUACCCUUACUGUGUUACCCUUGUUACCCCUUGUUACCCUUGUUACCCUUGUUACCCCUUGUUACCCUUUGUUACCCUUGUUACCCUUUGCAUUGCCCUUGUUACCCUUGUUACCCUUUGUUACCCUUAUUUACCCUUGUUACCCUUUGUUACCCUUGUUUACCCUUGUUACCCCAUUUGCCCCUUGUUUGUUACCCCUUGUUACCCUUGUUACCCUUGUUACCCCUUGUUACCCUUUGUUACCCCUUGUUACCUUGUUACCCUUGUUACCUUGUUACCCUUGUUACCCCUUUGUUACCUUUGUUUUUUGUUACCCCUUGUUACCCUUGUUACCCUUGUUACCCCUUGUUUAUUUUUGUUACCCCUUGUUACCCUUGUUACCCUUAUUUUUUGUUACCCCUUGUUACCCUUGUUACCCUUGUUGUUACCCCUUGUUACCCUUGUUACCCUUGUUACCUUUGUUACCCCUUGUUACCCUUGUUACCCUUGUUACCCCUUGUUACCCUUGUUACCCUUGUUACCCCUUGUUACCCUUGUUACCCUUGUUACCCCUUGUUACCCCUUGUUACCCCUUGUUACCCCUUGUUACCCUUUUUACCCCUUGUUACCCUUGUUACCCUUGUUACCCCUUUAUACCCUUGUUACCCCUUGUUUACCCUUGUUACCCUUGUUACCCUUUUUGUUACCCUUGUUACCCAUGUUACCCUUGUUACCCCUUGUUACCCCUUGUUACCCCUUGUUGCCCCUUGUUACCCUUGUUACCCCUUGUUACCCCAUGUUACCCUUGUUACCCUUGUUUACCCCUUUACCUACCCCUUGUUACCCUUUGUUACCCUUGUUACCCUUUGUUACCCUUUGUUACCCCUUGUUACCCCUUGUUACCCCUUGUUUACCCUUGUUACCCCUUGUUACCCUUUUACCCCUUGUUACCCUUUGUUACCCUUUGUUACCCUUGUUACCCUUGUUACCCCUUGUUACCCUU